AUGUGCACCUUGCUUUUGAGAAUCAUUGAUUCACANNNNGAGUGGAAUGCAAAAUCUCCCUCACAAUGGGAGUGGGAGCACCUGUUCUUCUCCAAUGCAAAAGUAACCGAAAACCCCAAAUUACAACCACCACCAGAUUGGAGUGGUGAAGCAAAUGGAGAAACCAAUGUUGGGUUGUUGGACAAUUCUGGUGGUAGUGGUUGCUCUGAGUCUGAGCUCAUGAACCCAUCUUCAUCAAGAAGCUCGAAAUCUGCUUCCAUCAAUUCAUCUUCCAAUAGGGAUAGCAAAACAUCUAUCUUCACCUUAGAAAGUUCCCAAGAUGAUUCCAGUGGUAAAAAAGAAGAGCUGGUUGAAAACUCUCAUUCGCAUGAGGCCCCUCCUGGCUCUGGCGAACCGUUGCUUACUCUAAAGCUUGGUAAACGCUUGUAUUUUGAGGAUGUUUGUCCGGGAAGUGAUGCCAAGAAGAACCAGUCUUCCUCGGGUGCUCCGAUUCAAGCUGUGAGUAGUGGAAAGAAAUCUAAGUCCAAUGCUCAGAACAUGCAAUAUCCAUGCUGCCAGGUUGAAGGUUGUGGCCUUGACCUCUUGUCAGCUAAAGAUUAUCAUCGCAAACAUAGAGUUUGUGAAAAUCAUUCCAAAUCUCCAAAGGUGGUUAUUGCUGGUUUGGAACGUCGAUUUUGCCAGCAAUGUAGCAGGUUCCAUGGUCUGUCAGAGUUUGAUGAAAACAAAAGAAGCUGCAGACGGCGUCUUUCAGAUCACAAUGCACGGCGCCGGAAACCUCAUCCUGAAACUGUCCAGUUAAAUCCAUCAGAUUUGACUCCGUCGCCUUUUGCAGUUGGGAGGCAACAGAUUAGCCCCUUCACUUGUACAACGAGCGGAGCCGCGAAUACAGUUUGGCAAGACAUGCGGCGGAGCAAGCAGCUCCCCCAGACGAAAGAUUUUCUGUUGAAGGCUGUGAAAGGCAACAAUGAGAUACCAAGUAUUGUGAGCAUGGUCACAGAGGAUAAUUCCAAAGGCAUUGCAUUUGCAAGUGUAGAGGAUUCAACUACGUGCUCUGAUACUCAAGAUUUCCAGAGUGCUCUCUCUCUUCUGUCAACCGAGUCUCAUCAGCCUCAGCGCUUGCCUAUUGCUUCCUCAGAAUACUGGCACACUGAUCAACACCCAUUGGCUUCCACCAUGUGGCUCACCUACCCAACUUGCGACGACACCAUCACCAACCGCUCUCAGGAAUUUCAGCUCUUACGAGAACCUUAUGAUUCUGCUUUUAGUUAUCACCACUUGGAUUAACAAUCCUCUUUCACCCUCACUCACAAGGUUAGAGGUUGCACACAUUUUGGGUUCUUAUUCUUGCAGUUUUGCAGCUUUAGGCUUUUCUGCAACCACACCAACUCGCUAAUUUGUUCCCCUUUUUUUUAUAUAAUUUUAAAGCACUUUUGUUUUGCUGCCGGGGACAGAAUGCUUUUAUCAAACAUUCUAAAAAAUUAAA